AAACAAGAAAUAAAGAAUGUCGUCCAAGAUUUCUUGAAUGGGAUUCACAGAUAUAAAGAAAUUAGUGGAGGAGGAUUUGCCAAAGUGUAUUCUGCAACAUGGAUCGAUGGUCAAUCGGAAUUUGAUAAGCAUGAUGACGGAA